AUGCUCGCUCGCAGUUCCACCGUCGUGAAUACGCUCCGCCGAUCUCUCACCUGCCAUCAUCGCCGCACCACCAUGGACGUAGUUAGUCGCUCGCGUCUACACCUCACCGCGCAAACCCCCUCGCACGUGCUCCGGUUAUUAAAUUCCGCGGGUUCGUAUAAACCGUCAGCCGAGGAUCAAUCAACGGCACUCCGUGCAGCAGUUACUAACGGAAUUCCGUUUCUUUCCGGAAUUUUCUCUGGGUUUCGCGUAGGGCAGCUGCCACGUCAGACAUAUGUCGCCGCAGCUAGAACCGUCGGCCAGCGGCAGCUCGGCGCGCAGCAAAGCGCGCUGGGGGGGCUGCGGUUGGCGGAAGGGAUCCGCGCGCCACAUGGGUGCGCGUACUCUAGUCGCCGCGGCGCAUUCUCCGGCGCACGGGUUGCGCCCGCUGGCGGGAUUUCGCGCGCCCAGAUACCUGGCGCGGAGGAAGCAGGCGCAGCGGUGGCGGAAGUUGCGGAACCAGCGAAUGGAGGUGCGGACGCGGGGGAAGGUGGACGCAGGAGGAACAGUCAGGGGAAGCCGCGGGGAGGGGCAGGUGCAGGGAGCUGGCAAGAGGGGGAGGCGGAACAGUGGGUGCGCGCAGUGCAGGCGCGGGGGGACAGCAGCGGGGAAGGUACCGUUGGCGGAGAUCGGGUUGCGGGUACGCGGAAGCCGCGGAAGGGGGAGGAGCUGGAGCUGGUGUGCGAUAGCCUUGCGUUCAAAGGUUUGGGCGUGUGCCGCGUGCCUGAGAGCGGGUUUGUGGUUCUGUGCGAGCGCGCAUUACCAGGGGAACGGCUGGUGGCUCGUAUUGUGAAGGCCAAGCGACAGUACGCAGAGGCAUACAAGGUGCACGUGCUCUCGCCCCACGACCACGCCACCACCCCCCGCUGCCAGCACUUUGGGCACUGCGGGGGGUGCCGCCUGCAGAAUCUGGAGUACGAGGCUCAGCUGCGCAUCAAGCAGCAGCAGGUAGCAGAGCUCAUGGUUCGGAUGCACCUCUUUCCGUAUCACUCUCCAUCCCACUCUUCUCUAUCCCACUCCUCUCUAUCCCACUCCUCUCUAUCCCACUCCUCUUUAUCCCACUCCUCUCUAUCCCACUCCUCCCUUGCCCACUCCUCCUCGCCCUCUCUCUCCCCAAGUAUCCUAUUCCUCUCCAUCCGUUUUCCCCCAGAUACUCUCUUCCUCUCCUCUUUUCUCCCAUCUACUCUACAGUCUCUCCCGUUUUCCACUCGUUCUUCCACCCACCCUCGCUCACCCUCUCACCUUUCCUCACUCUCAGUCACCCCCUCUUCCCCUCUUCCCAUUCUCUUCGCCCCUAGUCUUGACAUAUCUCAAGACGCUUCCUACGCUCUCUCCACCCCUCUCACCCCCCUCAGAUUGAGUUCUCUUUCAACUCUCGUGUGUGGCUCUCCUCCUCGGCACCCUCCCAGGGGCUUCGCCCUGGGGCUGCAUGCACCGCGGCGGUUUGACAAGGUGCUGCCGAUCGAGGAGUGCCACCUGCAGCACCCCACCGCCAAUGAGAUCCUGGUGCAUGUGCGGCAGUGGAGUGAGCAGCAUCAGCAUGUGCUGCCGCCAUACGACCCCAUCACCCAUGAGGGCGUGCUCAGACAUCUCACCAUCCGCAAGGGCCGGGAUGAGCUGACAGGAGAGGAGGAGUUCAUGGUGGUACUGGUCACCAAGACUGACUGUCCGGACCUCCUGCAACCGCUCGUCGACCACCUCUCCCACGCCUUCCCUCGUUUGGUCAGUUUCAUAAUGACCGUGAACUCCUCACUAGCAGACGCCACACCCCCCAACGCCUUGGAGCGGCUGCUGCUGGGUCGGCGGGUGAUCAGCGACUCGCUGCGCUCUCUGCACUUUGACAUCUCAGCAGCCUCCUUCUUUCAGACCAACUCAGACCAGGCGGAGGUGCUAUAUGAGCUGGUGGAGCAGGCGUGUGCGCUCAAAGGAGACGGCAGCGAGCUGCUGUUGGACCUCUUCUGCGGCACCGGCACCAUCGGCCUCUCGUUGGCCUCGCGAGUGCGCCACGUGUACGGGUUCGAGCUGGUGCCAGAGGCAAUAGCGGACGCGCGUCGCAACGCGGACCGGAACGGCAUCACCAACGCCACGUUCCUCACAGUCGACCUCAACAAGGCGCUGCCCACCCUGCCCAGCGCUGCUGCUGCUGGGGACAACAAGCCUGAUGUGAUCAUCACAGACCCGAACCGGCCAGGCAUGCAUCCGCGGUUGUUGGAGCACAUGGCGGAGGUGAGGGCGCCGCGCAUCGUCUACGUCUCCUGCAACCCCUCCUCCAUGGCCCGCGACCUGCACGCUCUCUGCCACCAGCUCCCCAGUGGUCGUCCGGGGCCGUACCGAUUGGAGUGGAUACAGCCUGUGGACAUGUUUCCGCACACACCCCACGUUGAAU